ACUGGGCCUCUGAAAAGAAGUACCAGAAGAUUCUUGUCUACGAUACUUCAUCGCCUUUCUUGAGGAACACAGAAAUGAUUUGUGGACUGAGUUUGGGUGGCCAUCUCCCUGUCCGAGGCCCAGAUUUUGCUCUCUGGGUACAGUCUGCCAAGGCUAGAGAGAAGCCUGUGCCUGCAGCCGCCUUGCUCCGGAGACGAUGCGAAUCCCAUCAUCCCUACCUCUCCCCGUGGAGAGCCACUGGGCUGUCCACCCACUCUCACAGACUUUGGCCCAUGUGCUGCUGUGGACAGCUGUGCUCCAUCUUGUUGCUGGAACACAUGAUCUCCCGAAGGCUGUGGUGAAACUUGAGCCCCCAUGGAUCCAGGUGCUCCGUGAAGACAGUGUGACACUGAAAUGCGAAGGGACCCCCAACCUUGGGAAUGAUUCGACCCAGUGGCUCCACAAUGGGAGAUCCAUCAGCAGCCAGGUCCAUCCCAGCUACACGUUUAAAGCCACAGCCAAUAACAGUGGAGAAUACCAGUGUCAAACGGGCCAGACCAGCCUCAGCGACCCUGUACAUCUGGGAGUGAUUUCUGACUGGCUGCUGCUCCAGACCCCUCAACUGGUAUUCCUAGAAGGAGAAACCAUCAUGCUGAGGUGUCAUGGUUGGAGGAACAAACCCCUGAACAAAGUCACAUUCUACCAGAAUGGAAAAUCAGUGAAAUUUCAUCAUUACAGUGGCAACUUCUCUAUCUCCAAAGCCAAUCACAGCCACAGUGGUAAUUACCACUGCACGGGACUUCUAGGAAAGACAAAACACUCGUCGCAGCCUGUGACCAUCACUGUCCAAGGGCCCAAAUCCACCAGGUCUUUACCGGUAUUGACAAUUGUAGCUGCUGUCACUGGAAUUGCUGUAGCAGCCAUUGUUAUUAUCCUAGUAUCCUUGAUCUAUCUCAAGAAGAAACAGGCUCCAGCUCUCCCAGGAAACCCUGGUCACAGGGAAAUGGGAGAUACCCUCCCCACGGAACUAGGUGAGUACAGCGAGCCCUCUCCGGGCUCAGCGCCCGUCAGCCCAGGGCCUCCAUGUGGACCGGAGCCAGCAAACAGCAGCUCGUACAAUCCUCCUGAUCUCGAAGGAGCUGACAAAACGGAGGUUGAGAAUACAAUCACCUAUUCACUGCUCAAGCAUCCUGAAGCUCCGGAUGAAGAUGCAGAGCCUGAUUACCAGAAGCACAUUUAAUCUCCCUUUUCUUGACUUGGGAUUGGGAAAAGCAAACCAGAAAGGUCAGGAUCUAGAGUCUCCUGGUCAAGGGGAUGCUGUAGACGUUAAGGAGGCCCGUGCAUGGUCAUCUAUGUGAGUCCCGAAACCAACAGACACUACAGUACUGGUCCCCAGUGGUUGACUGUACUAAUAACUUCUAUGAUUUACCGCUUCCCAACUCCAGACUCUUCUGCCAUAGAUUCACACAGCCAAUAAAGUUAAUCAAGUUACUGUCAUUAACAGAUCGCAGCAACAUGGGAACCGCAUAUGUUACAGCUUAUGUUAGACUAUACGGUCUCAGCAAUGCUAAAAUGGACUUGUACCACCAUGUCAAAAGCCAUGCUUCAGGGUGAUGGAACUAUAAGGGAUUUUGAUCUUCUUCCUUAUUUUUCUAUAAAGGCCAAUGUUACUUUUAUUUUAGUAAAAUAUUGUAAAAAUAACACUCUAUUUACUUUUUUGAGGUGAUUGGAGUGUAGACUGAGCUCUCUGGGGUUUGUUGGUCUUCUGUGAGAAGAAUCUUGGGGAGCUGGGAUAGCUUUUCGUAAGCAUCUCAGGCAGGGCGCUCAAGACAAAUGAAAGUAAUGAUUAUACCCAAGUCUAGUUUGGUGCAUCAGUGAGUUUAUUGGGCUUACUUAUGGGAACAUGGGUGAGGGGUUCCUUAAAGGGGUGUGGGUGACCUUAAAAUAGCAGUCUUAACACAAAUGACAACUUCUUCACAGUUGCAGAGAUGCCCCCCCACACCCCACACCCCCCCACACACACACCCACCCCCAGUUCGGUGAUCUUCCUCAAACUGUCAAUCCUCCUGCCUUUGCUUCCAGAGCUCCGGGAUGACAAGCAUGCACUGCCCACCACAUCUGGCCUGGUAGUAACAGGAGGGAGGGAAGAGGGGAGAUGGUGCUUUGGAGUAGAGGAUGAGUUGAGUACUCCUCUGCUUCAAACUGACUGCUCUUCCGGCGAACUUGUCUUCUCGUUUCCACACCUUCUUCUUGUCUUUUCUCCGAUGACAAGCAGAAUGAUCACUCUUGAGUUCUCAGGAAGUCACACUUCAGAUGAAUGCCGGCAGGAACCGGAGGAUGACCUUGAACUCCUUCCUGAUCCUCCUGCUUCCACCUCCUAACUGCUGGGAGUAUAGGCAUGUGCCACCACACAGAGCUGGUCUAUGCAUUUUAAAAAUCGGAUCACACUAUAUAUUUGUAUAUGUUCACAAAAAUCACUCAGGUAGAAAUUUAAGCAUGCUGUAGCCACAGAAGUUCAGAGCACGGAGGUGGAAAGAGGAGAAGCAGAAGUCCUCUGUCGUCCUCCCUCCGCUUACUUUUAUUCUCUCUCUCAGUGAACAGCCACUGUUGUAGGUUUUGUGUGCAUUUGGACCUUUUGUAUGGAUAUUUAAGAUAGUAGAGUUUUUAGAGAGCCUAUACAUGGAACCGUACUUUACACAUGACUUUGUUGUUGAUUCACUUUGUUCAACAAGAAGAUGGCCAGGCUUGCUGGAUGUCAGCCUAGCUCCAGGUUCACUGAGAGACCCUGUCUCAAAGGACUAAGCGGAGAGAACUACAGCAGGAUGCCCGAAGUUGUCCUUUGACUUCUGCACACCUGCACAUAGGCACACUCCCAUGUGUGUGCAUACAACAGACAUGCAAGUAAAACAGAUAACAACAACAACAACAACAAUAAUAAUAAUAAUAACCCUCUGUGGAAUUUCUGCUUUGAGCUCCCUGAUAACCAAGACACCUUGCAUGGAUUUUAGUGGUUCAGUAAAAACACAUAGAACAAAUAAGGUCAUUUGACACCUUUAAGUAAAAGCCUUACAUGCCCCAUGAAUCUAGUGGGUCCUUCUUCACAUCCUCUUUAGCAAGGCUUCCCCUGGCCAUUGCUAUCACUCCGUUUUUAUCUUCUCCAUGGUACAGUGUGGGCAAUUAUCUUCUUGUUUAUCUAUUCUCAUGCAUACUAAAAUGUAAGCUCAAUACAGUCUUAUUUUCAUUACUCAGUAAUGCACUCCAGAGACCAGAACAAUGCAAUAGGUUGUUGAACGAAUUAAUAAAUAAAACUUUCCUCUCA